AUAGCCUAUAUCACAUUAUAAACGUAUAGGUAGCUUCAUAUCAACAGUACAUCAGCCUGUAGCAUAUAUCAACAAGUUAAAUCAGACUCUUCAUGUCUUGAAAGACAUUAAUAUUACUACUUCCGUUACAGGUUUUGUGCAACGAUUUGACAUAAAGCAGAGAGGGAAAAUGUCUAAACCAUACACACAAAUUAUCAAAGGGUAGUUCUUCAAUCCAUACGCACAAAUUAUCAUAAUUAACCUCACAAUACCAAAUUAAUCACUGCUUCCUAGUUCCUUUCACAACCCCCUCUUAACUUCUAAACAAUAGACCCAAAUUAAUUUCACAUUUCAGCCAUCCUUCAAUGCAAGCUUGCACUAACAAUCAACCACCACUCAACCAGGUAAAUAAUACUAAACUCAAUGCGGAGCAGUUCCCCUCAACUUUCUAAUAAAUCAAACAAUCAAAUCAAAAAAUUGAGAUUUGAGAAGGAUAUAGUUAAAAAAAAAAAUAAAAAAAAUUAUCACUUAAAAAUCCAAGAUAGAUAUAUAUGUUAGGUAACAACCUCUUAGUAUCCCACCUUUCUCUCCAAAAAAUUCUCACUUUGUUAAGUGGUACUCUCCCUUUAUUUAAACCCUCGUAUCUUUUUCACUUUGAAACUCAAUUUCGUUUCAGCUAUUGCAAUUUCACCACUAAGAGUUUGAAGCAUGGCAGGUUGGGGUGACAUGCCAAAAGAGCUCGUCACUAAGAUUGCAGAGCAUCUUCAUUUCUUUGAGGACUUUGUGACUCUAAGUUGUGUUUGUUCUUCUUGGAGAUCAGCCCUUAAGAAAGCUAAAUUCCGAGCAUUCAUCAACAAUAAUGAUGGAAGAUCAUCAUUAGGCCGCGAGCAUACAAUUCCAUGGCUAGGAUAUCCAGAGAGAUACUCCUCGGGGUUAUAUUAUACACUCCAUAGCUUCUACAAGAACACGUUUCGCUACAUUAAAGUCCAAGAGGGAGUCUACAACAAUGACGAGGAAAGGAUAUUAGCUUCAUAUGGGUGGCUGCUUUUGGUCUUAGAAAGUCUUAAACUCUUGCUCUUUAACCCCUAUACCGGUGCCACAAUAGAGCUCCCCGAAAUUGAGUUAUUAUGGCCUGUGCACUACGGUGUUGACUACCACCUUGAUAAACUAAUCCUAUCCGCCAACCCAUCAAUCACGUCGGAUUUUAUUGUCUUCCUUGCUUUGGAGGACAAAGAUACAACCGAUAUUACUGUUCCUUCAAUGCUGGUUUAUUGGAGGAACGGCUAUGAUGAUGGGUGGAUUCAGGUAGUGGAUCCCCAGUUGAACUUGGAUGGCUUUCUUGGCUCUCUUUGCCGCGACAUAACAUUCUAUCAAGGAGAGUUUUAUGGGGUUAACUGCAAUGGUAUGAUUGUGAAAUUUGAGACAGCCCAAGGUAGUCCUCAUUUUCAGGUGGUCACUGAGUUGGAAACCAGGAAAAAUAAUGAAGCAUGGUAUUAUUAUUUGGUUGAAUCUGCAGGUCAAUUGUUGGUUAUCCGUCAGGUGAUAAUACAUUUAAAUUGGUAUAUGAUUCAUAUUACCUCUUGCGAAACCAAAAGAUUUGAGGUACUCGAGCUAGAUGUUAAGGACGGAAAGGUCAAGGAAGUUACAAACCUGGGUGACAGAGCUAUAUUCACUGGUUCCAACUCUUCCUUCAGUGUCCAAGUACCUGCUCAUUCUAACCCUGGCAUUACGGCUAAUACCAUCUUUAACCUGGAUGAUCGCGUGACAUGGAGGUGGGAUGGGCAUGGAGUUUGUUACGGAAACACUUGCUUUUAUAAUAUAUUAGAUGGGCAGCCUUGGAAGUUUAUCAAACGCCUAGAUCGAUCACCACAAGAGAUUUGCUAUUUAUUACUCAACAGAAGUCCAUCACUGUUAGGAGAAGGCAUACCAUAUACUUGGAUUGAGUCUCCGAUGAUAUAAUCAAUUUUAAUCUGUUUCUGUAAGUAAAAAUCAGCUUCAAUUAGUAUGAAUUAUUUAAGUUUAGCACAAAUAAGGUGAAUAGAUGGAACAAAGACUUUGUUUUUACUCUGUUACAGACUGAUCAUCUAUUUGAUUUCUACCCUGUGUUUUAACAACUGUAAUAUGGUAUUUUCCUUCGAGUCUCAAGGAGACAAAGAUAUACAUAGU